UGGACAGUGGCAAAGAGUGAGCAAGACCUCGAGCUAAUGGCGACCACUCCGCUGGCAACCUAUCCAUUCCCCUUUCUUUCCUCCAAAACCCUAAACCCCACCACCACCUCCAAGCUCAAUCCUCCCCACGCCCUCUCCCUCUCCCUCCUCACCACCCCAGCACCCCUCCUCCUCCCCAGCGGGCGGGGCCGGCGGCAGCGGGACGUCUCGGCGGCGUAUGGCGACGGCGACAUGGACGACGACUUCGGCGACGCGGGCGACUUCGACCUGGACGGAGACGACGGCGUGGGGGACGACGAAGACCUCGACAACGAGCAGGACUACGACGUCGACUACGACCGCCUCCUCGCCCCGGUCAAACCGCGGCGGCAGCUGUCUGUGCGAACCGGCGGGGCCGGCGAGGAGGGGGAGGGGGACAUCGCCAUGGUCGCGGCCGACAGCUUCAUGUCAACGGGGGAGUCUGCUUUCGACACCGUCGUCGACUACACCGUCGACGAGGAUGAGUUCCACAAGAUAAGCCUCCUCCACUGCGACUUCUUCAUCCGCAAGGUGCCCGACCCUGACCACGACGUCUACGAUUUUAGAGAGAUGUAUGUCACGCCACCCGACACCGACAUCUACUCCAUUCCAAGGGUUCUUGCCCCCAUGCCGCAAAAGUACGUGAGGUGCGCGAAGAAAAACUUUGGCCGCUACCAUGUAAGCGAGCCACCGGUUGAGCAUAUGCGCGAUCCCCUGUACAAGACGGAGAGGGAGAUUAUGAAGGUUUUCUUAACGAAACACUACAGAAACAGACGGUUUAGCGAUACGGAUUUUUUCCUUGAUUUUGAGGAGAUUUAUGUCAUUGACUCAAAAUCAAGGUCAAUCACAAGAGCGAAAGUUGUGGUGAAUGUCCCUGAAGGGAAGAAGAGAGAUAGGAGAAAUGACCUGCUACUCAUACGCGAUGGAGGGGAUUCUUUCAGAGUAACUGACAAGACUCAAAGGGAUGACGCCUCCACUAUCAUACAAAGAGAAGAGUGGAAAAAAUCGAGACAAGACACAGAGAAGCAUUUCCGGAAGCUCAGAGAUUUCGACUACUCGAAUUGGUUCUGAAGAAACGGCCGUCAAAGUUUGUUGAUGCAGAGGAGAAUGUGCAGCGAUUUUUGUUGUUUCUUUGGCUGCUGUUUAUGCUAGAGCUAGUAACCCUGUUGGUCAAGUGAGUUUAAGAAGAUAUA